AUGAGCGAUAACGAUGUUGUACUAACUCAACUAAGCGACACAACCGCAACAACGAUUGUGACUAUGGCUGACUCUAAAUAUGGUCGAUGGAACCACCGAAAUGUUGAUUUGACACUUGACAGUAAACAAAACGAGAAAUAG